GCGAAAACUUGCAGGACUUUUCUCUCAUACCUGUCUGGUUUUCUAUCAUGCCUAAAUAUUUACAAGAUGGGAAAACCUAACUUGUGCAGGUGACAUGGAGUAAUGGAAAUCCACAAAUUUUGCAUAAUUAAAAAAUCUGGAAGUGAAUUAGACCAAAUCAGACUCUGUGUGGUGCGAACACGUGGCGACAUUUAAAAGAAAGAUGCGCUCCAAUUAUUGGGUACCUGGUGAAGCGCACAGACAAGAUUUCAGGAGGUUCACGGUGGUUGAGACAUCAACAAGCAUUCAGUCAGUGCACAGUCAAGCAUUUAAUCCAAGGAAAAGGCUUCAUUCGACGGAGGAAGUGCAAUGCGGCAGCCGGCCAAACCCGGAGGGUGCCGGUGGCUCUGUGUCUGUAACGGAGUUAAGGCAGUCCGAGCAUGGGCGAGAAAACCUGUGUCAGCGAUGUCAAACCAUCGCAAACGAUCUGAACAGGCAGGCGCUGGAGCUGGCUGAGCCGGGAACACUAAAGGACCCAAGCUUUGCGGCCUUCAUCCACGACAAGCUCCAGACUCUAGAAUGGCCUCUCAGAGGAUUUGGUGCCCAGAUCAUCUGUGAAGUGUGCGGAACGUCUCUUCACCACCUCAGACGCCUGGCACUCCACUCAGCCCUAGGACUGGCAUUGAACGACAUGCCUGACCUGCAGCCCGGUCCACUGUCUGGCCUACUGCCACCACGUGCGGCAUCUCACAGUGCCAUUUCAUCCCAUGCUUCCUGGGACUGGCCCACACAGGGUUCUCUAACUGCAAGCAGUCAACCCCUCACUGAGCACUUAUGUGGUCCGCUAAAUACGGAGAAGCAACAGAAAACAGGCUGGAACCAAGAUGGAGCAUCUCGAGUAGGUGGCAAACGCACCUGCUUGGCCACUGUCACUCCACUUCCGGUCCAUCCACAACAUUAUCUGGAGGGAGUAUGGCGUGUGACGAGAGCUUCAGACCAUAUUCGCUCAUUGGGUCAUUCUGUAGAAAAGGACAGUUUGGGAGCUGACUCCUCCAGGCCCAGUCCGGCCAGCGCCCUAUCCACAGUUUCUUCAUCUGGACGUAAACCUCCCCACCACGAUAAACCAGCGAUCCCUGUUGCACCCCAAACCAGCUCAGCAGCCUCAUUCCUUCUCAGGGCUGCCCAAAAGCUGAACCUCUCCAAACGGAAAAAGCCUCAACCUCUGCCCCCAUCACCACCUGAUCCAGAAGAGCCAUUCUUUUACACUGAUGGCUUCAGUGCUGCCCUACAGCUCUCACCCCCACCUGUACCCCCAUGUCUCCUUAGGGCGGGGUCAAAGGUCAAAGACAGCCCCGGGAUGGGAAAGGUUAAAGUAAUGGUGCGGAUAUGUCCUGCCAAAGGAUCCCGAGACACCUCCGAAUCCAUGUCCUUUCUGAAGGUAGAUGCCCAUAAGAAGCAGCUGACCUUCUGUGAGCCCCCCGCUAGCGCUCGCUCUGCUGCUGCCAGUGCACCAAAGAUGUUUAGCUUUGAUGCUGUUUUUGCCCAAGAUGCUUCACAGGCAGAGGUGUGCUCGGGGACAGUAGCAGAGGUUAUCCAGUCUGUGGUCAAUGGCGCAGAUGGCUGCAUCUUCUGUUUCGGUCAAGCCAACCUGGGGAAAACCUUUACCAUGAUUGGCAAAGACAGUUCUACACAGAGCUUGGGCGUGGCCCCGUGUGCCAUCUCUUGGCUCUUCAAGCUCAUUGAGGAAAGGAAAGAGAAGGCCGGUACGCGAUUCUCGGUCCGAGUGUCUGCUGUGGAAAUCUGUGGCAGGGAGGAGGUGUUAAGGGACCUGUUGGCUGACUUCUCCGCAGGGACGUCCCAGGACAGCGAGGGUGCAGGAGUUUCCCUGCGAGAGGACCCAGUCUGUGGAUCUCAGCUGCAAAACCAGAGUGAAUUGCGGGCAUACUCUGCAGAAAGAGCAGCGUUUCUCCUGGACACAGCUCUGGCAGCACGCAGCACAAACAGAUCUGACUGUAGGGAAGAGGACCGUCGCAAUUCCCACAUGCUCUUCACCCUGCACAUUUCUCAGUGUCGCAUGGAGAAAAGCAGCAAAACAGGAAUGUCUGGGGGUCGAAGUCGCCUGCACCUCUUGGACUUGGGUAGUUGUGAGUCUGACCCGAGUCAGUCACGAGAUGGAGGGAGAGGCCAAUGUCUGUCAUUGAGUGCACUCGGAAAUGUCAUCCUGGCAUUAGCCAAUGGAGCCAAGCAUGUGCCAUACAGAGACAGCAAGCUUACCAUGCUACUGAUGGAAUCGCUGGGCAACAUCAACUGCAGAACCACCAUGAUCGCCCACAUCUCUGACUCGCCAGCCAAUUAUGCUGAAUCUCUCACCACUGUGCAGCUUGCCUCCCGAAUUCAUCGCAUGAGGAAGAAAAAAUCUAAGUAUGCAUCAAGCUCCUCCGGAGGGGAGAGCUCCUGUGAAGAAGAACGCAUCAGACGAAGACCAUUCCACCCUCGGACUGUGGCUCUUGACCCGGAUCACCCUGCGAUGUUGUCCAGUGACCCUGAUUACUCCUCCAGCAGUGAGCACUCGUGUGAUACAGUAAUCUAUGUGGGGCCUGGUGGGGCACAUAUUUCUGAUCGUGAACUCAGCGACAAUGAAGGCCCCCCAGCAUUUGUUCCUAUCAUUCCCUCUCUGAACAAGAAGCGUGUUAAAGAGGGACCCAAGUCUGAUGGGGACCAUCUCAAAUGCAACACCUUUGCAGAGUUACAAGAACGGCUUGAUUGUAUUGAUGGCAGUGAGAGCUCAUAUGUUUCCACCAGUGAGGGAAAAGGCCAACAGAUAGCCUCUAAAAGUGGAAUAGACAAUGUGUCAGACGGGACAUCUGUAUCCACCAGAACAGCCAUGUCUUCUAUUCAAAAGCCCGGACACCUACAACCUGUGACAUCUGAUGGCAACAAGACUUUAAGGCAAGAUUCUGAGCCUGUUGUAAGAGAGAAGGUUCACCUCAGCAAAGAGCCUUUACAAAAAUCUAAUGCCACUUCCUCCAUGCAGAACAUCUCAAGGUCAAAUACAGAGUCUGUCUUAGCAACACGCACACCUCCAGUGGGUAUGAGCCAACAAGCCCUAAGACAAGGAGAACAAAGUGGCUCCCAAAUUCUUGACAAAGCCCAUCACACUAGUAGAAGUCCUAUGGAGGUGAGCCAUCUACGCUCUGCUUUGAGGAACAGGUGCUAUGAUAGGGAUGUUUUAAGAACUACAAUCACACUUCAGCAGCCUGUGGAGCUUAAUGGAGAAGAUGAGCUGGUGUUUACUGUGGUUGAGGAGCUGCCUGUGAGUUUGGUUCCAGACAAUGGGCGACCUUCUAGUAUCAUUAGCUUUAACAGUGACUGUUCUUUGCAGGCUCUGGCUUCUGGCUCACGGCCCGUUAGCAUUAUCAGCAGCAUCAAUGAUGAGUUUGAUGCCUAUACAUCUCAGAUGAGCAGUUCCCAGCUUAACCAAGCUGCUGCUUCAAAGUCACAAGAAGAACUUACAGCUGGACACACCACUACACAGUCUUCAAUCAGCUCCUGGUCUUGCAAGACAAAUAUUGGUGCACCAAGCAGAGUUCAGACGAUUUCUGAAAAAAGUGUCUCAUCAAAAAGUUUGCGCAGGGGACAAGAAAGCAGCUCCAUGUUUGAUUUACCUGGUAGUUUACAUGGUGCAUCUUACACCCAACAAAGAACAAAUAGUUCAUUAGGUGACAGUGGAAUUUGUUUUUCAGAACUAGACUAUGAUUCUGACAAAUCGUCCAAGUGCCCACUAACUCAUGACAGUACCAAAGCAUCCCUGAGUGGUCCAAAAUCAAUGAGAUAUAAUAGACCCAUCACUUCGCACUCUACACUCCCCAGAAAGAACACACAAAUGUCACCCUCUAGCAGUAGUUAUGGCCAUGAGCUCCAACGCCAAGAGAGUAGAAUAGAUGAACAGCGUGGCCAUCACACCAGUGGUGGGUUACAGUCAGCCAGAAAUGCUGAAUUUACCUCUGCCAGCAAACCACCCAGAAAUGGCAUGAGUGGAAUUCCAUCUAGAAAGGCAAGUGGGAAUAGCAGCAGUAUACCUCGUCCUCCCAAAAUUCCUGUGUCAUCCACAUCUCAAAGGAUUGUAGAUGGUUGUGAAAAAUCCAGUGUUAGGAAAGGGGAUCUGAGCAAGAUGCCUCAGCUCAAACGAGGAGCCACCACUCUUGGCAUGGUCUCAGUACCCCAAAGUUCCCCUGAGAUGAAAUGGGGCAAUGAUGCCUCACAAACAAGUAGCAGCCUGAAAUUCUCAUCACUAGGAAAGAGAGUAAAUGGACAAAAGAGUAGUAUGCUCCCUAGGUCUGGAAGCAUGUCACCCCCUGCUCCACCUGUUCGAAAGUCUAGUCUGGACCAGAGGACACGAGUUUUGUUGUCUCCUAGUGCCUUAAAAUCUGUGGGUAACGAUGGAACAAAAUCCUCUUCUUCUAAAAUAUCAGUGUCUGAGGAGGACUUUAAUCUUCAAGCUAGGGUGGAAUCCUUCAGCUUUAAAUCAUCAAGCCUGAAGUCAGCUUCUAGUCUCAGAUCACACACUGGUAAAGGAGACAAUGGAAGGCAUUUUGGUAGUCUCAUGUCCCUUGAAAGGUGUGAGAGUUUAAUCUCAAUGGGUUCAAGACCAGGAACCUUGAGGGAGAACAACAAUGUCAGUAUCAGCAGCACUGGCAGAUCUUGUAAAAUAGUGCCAAAACCUGCAACUUCCAUAUCUACACCUACUUUCACUUCCCCUCCAUCUACCAGUGGAAUUUCUAAGCUUGGACAGAUAAAAGCCAGUAUAACUCCCAAGGCCAUUAUUGGGAAUGGCAACAAGGGAAGAACAUUGUCAAGCAGUGGUUCAAAGUCUCUUAGCUCCUCAGCUAAGUUUCUUGCUGCCUCAGCAACACGGAACACCAAUCUACCUCCAACCGGAAAGCCCACAACUCGCUCAGUCACAGGCUCCAAUGGUAAACCAGGGAGGGGAACUAUUAUGGGCACAAAGCAAGCAGUCCGUGCAGCCAACAGUCGGGUCAGUGAAUUAGCUGUAGGAAGCUCCAAGAAACAUCUUAGAGGCUCUGAUCCAGCAGAUGGCAACAGUGAUACCAGAUCAACCUCCAGUGAGACACCACCAACUGCUCCUCUGCCCUCUCCAUACAGCAAGAUCACUGCCCCUCGGCGCCCUCAACGCUACAGUAGUGGUCAUGGUAGUGACAACAGCAGUGUACUAAGUGGUGAACUGCCCCCAGCCAUGGGGCGCACUGCACUUUUCUAUCACAGUGGAGGUAGUAGUGGCUACGAAAGCAUGAUCAGGGACAGUGAAACUACAGGUAGUGCAUCAUCUGCCCAUGACUCCAUGAGUGAGAGUGGAGUUUCCACGUCCAGCCGAACAAAGGCCUCAAAAUCUCCAAAAAAGAGAGCCAAUGGCCUGCAGCGACGCCGGCUGAUUCCUGCUCCCCUGCCCGACACCUCUUCCCUGGGCAGGAAAGUUGGUGCAGCAGGCCAGUGGGUGGAUCUACCACCACUCGGGGGUACCAUGAAGGAGCCCUUUGAGAUUAAAGUGUAUGAGAUUGAUGAUGUGGAGCGACUACAGAGAGGCAAAGAAGGAAUAGCAGAGGGUUUGCAGUACUUCAAUGCCCGCCUUAGAAUGCUGGAGAAGAGACAGCAGCAGAUCAAGGAUUUACGGGCCAAGCACGAAAAGCUGAAAAGGGAGCUGGAGAAUGCAAAGACCAAUCUUAUGUUGGACCCCAGCAAGUGGGUGGGAGAAUUUGACGUGGACCCAGAUCUGGACCAGGAAUCGCAGGACUACCUUGAGGCUCUGGCUCAGGCCACAGGAGAGCUGGAGUUUUGUGUCAACCUAUGCAAGUCUCGCGUGAUGAUGGAGACCUGCUUCGACAUUGCAGUGCCCACGAUCCCAGGACCGAGCAUGCAACAGGAGAUGGAGGUCUGAGAGCGAACAAAGACAAAACAAGGUGUGGUUUACUGUAUGAUGACAUGAAGGGAUAACAAGCGAGCUGUGGCACAAGCCUGUAUGGAAAACAGUUGGACUUUUCAGAUGUUUGAUAUGUUUUUUCAUGGCAAGUACAUGCAAUAUAUGGACAAAAGUUUUAGGACGCCCACUUCUAAUAAACAGGUUUUCCCUUCCCUUAGUGUGUGUAGAUCAACGUGUGCAUAGUUUUUGGACUGUGGAAGAAAAGCAUAUACUGUAGUACCCAAAGUAAACCCAACACAAGGAGAACAUGUAAACUCCACACUCCUGUUGUAAGACAACAGUGCUCUGUUUGGGGUGCCCGCUGUGCCACCCCAAACAUCUUUAUUAGAAGGGGCGUCCCAAUAUGUUUGUCUAUAUACUGUAGUGUAUAUUGUGUGACAUUGAGACUGGCUUGUUUUGAUAAAUGCAACAAAUAAAGGUAUUGAAAUGGUCAGCCAGGUUAGAAACUCACAGAUAAUUAAGAGAAAACAGUAUAUUGAGAUUUUCAUCAACGUUAAUAGGAAGUGCCUUAAACCGAUAAAUCCCAAGAAGUAUCUUUGUUUGGUGCUAGUAUUCAGACCAACUUUUCCCAAAUAAACUCUGUUAUCAUUUUUUUCGUGUAUUUUCUUUUGAGAAACAAAGUACACUAGUCAACAUUCGAAGUGGAUCAAAACGUUUUAUAAAAGUUUACAUAAAACCAAUACCUAAUACCCAUUCUUGUCGUAGGACAACUUUGACAAACAUUUUUGAUCCACUUCAAAUGUUGACUAGUAUAUUUUGCAUUGUAAUGCAGUGUAUAGUGUAUUUAUAUGAGCUAAAAGUGUGUAAAAAUAUAGUUUUAAGUAUCAAACACAAAAAUGUUAAGAAAUCAGACUACUUCUCGAUUUGUCAGACUAUUGCCUUUUAUAAUCUCCAAAUAACCACUGUAAGAAAAGUUCUUGUUGAAAAUGCAAUGUUUGUUCAGCAUCAUGCUCACAUGUCCAUCUCUCCUUUUAAACUAUGCUUGUCCCUGGACGAUUUGCUGUUACACUGUUAUCCAUCUUGUUUAGUUACAGUCAUUCCUGGCUCUUGGUUUUUUGGUUGUUUGGUGCAGCUGGUUGCAGACCAUAAAUUCGAUCUUUAAACACUUCUCCAGACAUUUAACUAAAGUGUGUUUGUACCAGUGAGUUUCAGUGUGUCUGUGUGUUUCUAUCCAAAUGAAACAUCCAGCGUUUACCUGCAUAAAUCCACAAUAUCUGCCUGUACUUAAAAAGAGUUUGCCUUCAUUGAACUUCACAAAUGUUGAGAUAUUUGGCUAUCACCUGUUAACAACACAGAACCUUCUGAUACAUUGUCCAGAGAUUUUGUUGUUUGAUGAUUUUGUCAUGUUAUUGAAAAGUGUGACAUUUCUCGAAAAGAAACAAAGAAACAAAAUGAGAACCUCCUUGUAAUUGAUUGCUUUACUUAAAAAAAAUUGUCUCAGGCACUUUUCUUUUACUGCAUGAGAUUUUUAUUUGUUCUGUAUUUAUUUAAUUUUCACUUUAUUUUAUAUCUCCUGUGAUUUUUACUAAUAAUUUGCAUUUAACAGAUUUG